UCGAAGCGUCGCGCGCGCUACGAAAACAAUAACCACGAAGAGACUAAAGAGCAAGAGAAAGAGCGGGCUAAAGGAAAACGGCCAUACGGAACCAGUGACACAACCGAACAAUAACGCCAACGAUCAACAUAUUGAAGUGAGAGAAUCGUUUGACUCUCGCACUUUCAUCGCUUUUAUUAUCGAGCCGUCCUUCCAUUUGUUCGGAUUUGUUUGUGAUUUUCAUAAUGUUUGUGGUAGCGCGCACACAGCGUCACAAUAACAACAAUACCAAGGGAAAUACAAUUGUGUGCUACGGAUACGCGUACGUGUUGUGUGUAUUUUGUCAUUGUGCUUUACUUUAAUUUAAUUUUGGAUAUAUGCAAUACACUAAAAAUCAAUUCAGCAGAUGAAUCAGUGCGCGUACGGAAGCUCGUGAGCACAGUAUACACGCUUCGAUUAUUAUCUUUUCAUUUCAUUGCAAACAUUCACAGUACUUUUGAGCUACGACUUUUUCGUUAUUAUUGUUGUUGCUGCUGCUUCUGAUGUUGCCGUUGACGAUGUUUGAGAUCCGUUCGUAAGGCAAUAUGUACCACAAAAAGCACCUAACAUCCUCUGCUGCUGCUGCUGCUCCUGCUGCUGCUGCCGCUGUUCGAUUUUAAGCUAGACGAAACACAAAAAAAUAAUUGCACUGAUUAAAUUUUCGGGAUUAAAUUAAAAGACGUGAAAUUUGCGCCCCCAGAAUAGCACUUCCGUGAAAACGAGUGAAUAAUUCGUUUUAUUAUUAUUAGUCCUAAUCACAGUAACUGAAUAAAAAGACUAAUCAGUCUGCCAUAAACAAUGUGUAUACGAUUUCCUAUAUUACAGUUCACGAUUUAUAUGUUUUUUGCUAGUGAUUUGGUUCCAGCUGAACAGUGAAAUACAAAAUUCAUUGUGGCUUAUUUUAAAUAAUUUGAUUGAUUUUGAUAUCAGUGAAAAGUUAAGUGUUGUAUCGAGGAAUUUUCGACGGUUGACAUUUUUUUGGAUAUCCAUUUUACCUAAAAUAAUGUGAACAAAAAAAUUCGACAAAUUUAUAUCAAAAUAGAGACGAACAUCGAUAAAAUAACAAACAAAAAAAAUAACACAGCCGGAUUCCACACACGGCUUUAACAUUUCAAGAACAGAGCGUCGUAAAAAAGAGAUUCGUUUUUAUGAUUCGAUAAAAAAAAAUAUUUAUUAUCAUCAAUUGUCGUUCACUUCAUUCGUGAAAGUCAUAAAAAACCUUUUCAAACUGUCUGCAUUGUCGAUUCGCAAUUUUUCAGCGAAUAUGCUGAACAAUUUGGGCGGAACAGCAUCGCUUGGCGGUCAAAAGGAUUGUGAUUUACCGAAAUCGUAUUCGUACAAUCAACUUCCGAAUGCAGGCUCAUCAGAUCCGGGCGGUGGUCGACUGAAUGUAUCUGGUGGCAUUUGUGAGCCUCACAAUUUACACCAGGAUCAGAAUGCGGAAAAAUCCAGCAAACAAAAACGACACCGAACUCGAUUCACGCCGGCUCAGUUAAAUGAAUUGGAACGAUGCUUUUCAAAAACACACUACCCAGAUAUUUUCAUGCGAGAAGAAAUCGCCAUGCGAAUAGGGCUGACGGAAUCAAGAGUACAGGUUUGGUUCCAAAAUCGGCGCGCUAAAUGGAAGAAACGAAAGAAAACCACAAAUGUAUUUCGGACUCCAGGUGCGUUGCUACCUUCACACGGUUUACCACCAUUUGGUGCAAAUAUCACUAAUAUUGCGAUGAGCGAAGGACUAUGCGGUAGUUCGAUGUUUGGCAAUGAUCGGUGGAGUGUUGGUGUUACACCAAUGACAGCAGGCGACUCGAUGAUGUACCAACACACAGUCAGUGGAAUCGGUUGCUCUGGUAAUUCACCAACAUCAACUCCGCCCAACAUAAAUGCAUGCUCAUCGUCGACUCCGCCUCUCGCCAACUCAAAUCAUCAAAACAACAACUCCAGCCACGAAAACAAUUCAGAUCAAUUGGGUAGCCAAGGCACCAAUCAUCAUGUUACUAACAAUUGCCAAACAACAGAUGGCAACGGGAGUAAUAGUGCAAAUUUGAACGGCAACGGCGGCAAUGGCAAUGACGAAGAUGUUUGGCGAGGACACAGCAUAGCCGCAUUGAGACGACGAGCAUCUGAGUUAAACAACUCGAUACCAUCGUAUUUGCAUCAAAAUUACGAUCAUCACAAUUCCGUUUACUGAGUAUGGAAAACCAUUUAAAAAUGAAACAAACAACAACAAAUCAAGGCACCGAAUAAUAGAAAAUCCGGCGGAUAGAGCUCAAAACGCAAAUUCGAAUUUGUUUCUAGUUUUUAGUUAUGUGUACGGAAAACUUCAUCAGCUGCAGAAGUUAUUCCACAGUAAUUCUACGUCUACGUAUCAAAUAGAAUGCUUAAUGAAAAUUAAUUACCACAUACCCUGUAUAUUUAGACAUGUAAACCCUUUCGGAAAGGCAUUUAACAUCUUACACUUCAAAAAUGAUUUUUGAAAAAAAAAAAUGAAAGAAAAUAAAAAGCGGACACGAAUAAGAAAACAAGAACAGUAACUGUUGUGUAUACGAUUAUUGAAAAUAGAACAAAAAUUAUAUAUAUUGACUUAAUCUUAAGAAAGCAACAAAGCAAACUAUAAUAACAAAAACGAUGAAAUGGUUGUCAAAACGUUUUUCUUUCCUUUGAACAAGCUCGAUUAUCACAUCCUGCUUAGACCAUGAACUUCUUCAUUUUUCUUUUGAUAAAUUACUAAAUAAAUGACAUUUUUAAAAAAAGGAAAUUUAGGAAUUCUGUAGCUUUUUGAACACAUAAUAAAUAAUUGUGUAUUUAAGAUUUAAAAAAAGGAACCUUCAUUUAAGAUCACUCCGCGAUUUGCACGCGAGUUUCCAUACUAUGCAUAUGAAUUUAAUAUCGAUGUGAACUGUGUACAUUUCUAUUUUUUUGACUUUUGGUUUGAAUUUUCUAACCUAUCCUAUCUAAUAAUAUCAUCAUUGGCGCAAACCCAAACAAAAACAAAAAAAUAACACACAAGAAUUUUGACGAGACUUAAAUUUGUAUACGAAAUUCAUUACAUAACGUUUAAUUAAAAUGCAACAAAUCUGAUACAAGGGAAUUAAGAAAAAAAUAAAUCUGUUUGAGACGUAGGAAUUAUUAUUAAAAAGUGUAAUCGAAUAAAAAAAGAACAAAAAUACAAAAAAAAAAAAAAAAUCAGGAAGGAGUAAUAUUGAAAUAAAUGUAGUGUAUUAUAGCCUAUACCUUUAUAUGAAUUAAAAUUUAAAAUUAUCGAUAAAAACCAACACAAUUUUUCGAAGAAAUUAAAGAAAAACUAAUGAUGAUAAUGAUGGAUCAAUAACUAACUAGGUUUAUGGAAAACCCUUAGGAUUACAAUAUCAAAAAAUUAUUGAUUUGGUGAGAUAAGAUCCAACGAAAUACAAAGACACAUGCAUCUAUCAUGAUUUGGUGAAAAUUUGAAAGAAUGUAUACGAUUCCACUGUGACAAGACAUACACACACAUCAAUAUAUUUACCUUGAAAUAUUUUAAUGAAUGCGCCAACCAAAUAUCCCAAAUUCCGUUUUAAUUGAAAACAUAGCGGUGCACUGCCCAUACAAACGUGCCGGGGCGCGUAGUGCUCUACGUCAUAUAGUUUGCAUAACGUAGUUAGGGCGCGUAGUAUUAUCGUUGCACCGCUAUGGAAAAUUCUGCUAUGCUUCGAUAUCGUCAACGUAUACAGUGUGGCUAAAUUGCCAUCCAGUAUGUGUUUUAUAUAUGGCUAUAUCGAGAAUACAGCCAAACACUGCAUACGUAUGAAAUUACGAAGUGAACACAACGGAACAUAAUGAACACUCACUGUUCACUAACUCACUCAAUCACUCACCUACUCACUCAACACAUACACGAGUACAACACAAACGCAAUAGCCGUAUCAAGCAUCUCAUUCACAAAUUCUACUCACAUACCAGAAAAAAAAAAUUCAAGCAAAAUUAAAACUAUUGUAAUGAUUAAUAUUAAAUUUAAAAAUAUAAAUGUGCAUAACGAUAUUAAUAAAAAUUUAAAUUAAUUCAAAA